AUGACUACUGAUCUCCCCGAGCCCAAGAAGUUUCUUCGCCGAUCAAAGCGCGCUCACGCCCCUCUCAAGAAGCUGUUUGUUGACCCGACGUGCGGGAGAAUAGGAUGUCAAAGUUCUGAACAACCCAAAUCAGCGAGGUCCGUGAUGAUGUGUCAUGAACAGCCCAAGGCCAGAGGGUCGUGGAAAAGCUCUUUCGUGCGCACAUCCUCCUCGUCGUCGUCCUCCAUUCGUAGGACGUCGUCUCUGUCAAGCAUCUCAUUGAAAGUCAGGCCAGGGCAUUUCUUCAAACGGACGGAAUCGCUGACCAGGUUGCGAUCGGUCAACAGCAACAUGCGAUAUAUUCAGCGACAUCAACAUCACUCCUACGCCCCCCAAGAAUGGUCCAAGAUGUUCGAGACGCUUCAGAGCAACCUCCUGGGCACAGCCGGUAUGGAGGAGGAUAAGACUGUGUCGGUUGAACACCAUGAAGUGUCUGCCAUCGAAGAUUUGUCGGCCAUGCUGCGGUCGAAGAUGUAG